UCUGUGAGGCCAGUGCGCAUGCGCAGUUUGUCUCCUUCACUUUGUCCUGGAGCAAUCAGAAACACAGCACACAUUAAAGCGUCAGCUUUGGUUUCUCGUCAUCAUUUUAUUUCUGUCUCAACAGCAACAAUAUCCUCGUUUAUGAAUCAGAUAUAAUGGCAGUUCCUCCUGCAUACUCAGACCUGGGAAAAGCAGCCAAGGACAUUUUCAGCAAGGGUUACGGUUUUGGGAUUGUAAAAUUGGACCUCAAGACUAAAUCUCAAAAUGGAGUGGAGUUCAACACGUCUGGAUCCACCAACACGGACACGGGAAAAGCCGGCGGGAGUCUGGAGACCAAGUAUAAGAUGAAAGAUCUGGGAUUGAGUUUGAACCAGAAGUGGAACACAGACAACAUGCUCAGUACAGAAGUGUCUGUAGAAGACCAGCUCGUCCAGGGGUUGAAAGUGGCUCUGGAUACGUCUUUUGUACCUAACACAAGCAAGAAAAGUGGUAAACUGAAGACUGGCUACAAGCGUGACUUUGUCAAUGUGAGCUGUGAUGUUGAUUUCGAGGGUCCGGUUGUGCACUCUGCAGCGGUUCUGGGAUACGAAGGCUGGCUAGUGGGCUAUGAGAUAGCGUUUGACAUGGCCAAAUCCAAACUGGUGCAAAAUAACUUUGCUUUGGGAUACAAGGCAGGAGACUUCCAGCUUCACACCAACGUUAAUGACGGAGCUGAGUUUGGAGGAUCUGUCUAUCAGAAGAUCAGUGAUCAGCUGGAGACGGCCGUCACUUUAGCCUGGACGACUGGCAGCAACAGCACGCGAUUCGGAGUUGCUGCAAAGUACAAGCUGGAUAAAGACGCCUCGGUGUCUGCCAAAGUGAACAAUGCCAGUCUGAUUGGAGUUGGUUACACUCAGACUCUUCGACCUGGGGUGAAACUCACUCUCUCAGCCUUGAUCGAUGGAAAAAACUUCAACACCGGCGGACACAAAGUAGGACUGGGGUUUGAACUGGAAGCAUAGCUGCCGUAGUGCAAAAGACACAGAAGAAGAGGGACCCAAUCCCCAUGUUGUCCUUCCUACAUCACACACUAGCACUCGAUGACUAAAAACACUUAGCGGCAUGUUGACAGUUUUUGCAAGUUUGUGGGAGCUGAGUUAUUCGAUCUCAACCGGCCGUAAAACCUGGCCAUCUAAGGGAAAUAUUUACGUAGAGCACCUGCAGCAAACCAGAUUACACAAGUAGCAGUGGAUUUGAGUGUGUUUCUCUGGUGAUGUCAGGGCAUGCUAAGCACUUGCGUUGGAUUUAUAGCGUCGGUCAUAAAUUUGCAUGGUUGAGGUUAUUUCUCAGGAUGCUGCAUUAGAGCUAUGUUGCACUUCUAGGGCUUUAGGCCCCACAGGAAACUGAACAGACAGCAUAUAUAUUUUUAGAGCUUGCAACACUAUCUAUUACACACUCAUUGAUGGCUAGAGAGCAACUCUGCAUUGUGGGAAGAAAUGCCGCUAGCUAACCAUUUCAAAUGUGUUUCGGUGUACAAAAGAGCUUUUUGUGCAUUACAUUUUUUAUGAAAACCAACUGUUUUUUCCAUAUUACUAUUAUAUAUAUUGUUAUUAUAUAUAAUAACAAAUUUUACAAUCUUGUGUAAGUUGGUCUUUGUACCUCAAUUCUCCAGUAGAAAUUGAGAAAUUCUAAUAAACAAAGAAAAAUUGAA